UCUGAGAAAUUAAAAAAACAAAAAUUUAGCCUGAUGACAGACGAGUCAACUGAUAUCGGUACAAUAAAAACUUCCUGUGUAGUUGCAAGAUUUUAUGAUGAAUCUAGUGAAAUUAUUGAAAGCGUAUUUUGGCAACUACACAAUGUUUAUGACACAGAUAAUCCUAGUUCAGCCAGUGCCGAACACCUUUAUAACGGUUUGAUUUCCACGCUUAACGAAUAUGAAAUACCAUUAACCAAUAUAAUUGGUUUUGGUAGUGAUGGAUGUAACGUUAUGAUGGGCCAACAUAACUCUGUUGUUUCUCGACUGCGCGAGUCAUGUCCAGGUAUAAAACACUUACAAAAAAAGUGUGUUUGCAUUUUUUUCAUGUAACUUCAUUAUGUUUUUAGGCAUUUUUAUAAUUACAAUUACAAAUAAUUACAAAUUAUUAACUAAUUAACAUAUUUUAUCAGUGCCAUGUGUCUCAUACUAUA